CGGUGCAUUCAUGGAAAUCCACACCAUAAAUGCACAGCUCCAAAAGUGUUAAUACCAAAAGCUUCUGCUCACCUAAGCUUAUCUCAGCCUCACCAGUGGAGCCGGCGCACAGCUUACAGACGCAGCGUUAGCAUGGCUUGGAGCUGCAACACAAAGGUCCAACUGGGUGCAAUGUUUCUCGCGCUCUUCGGGUGGGUCUCGUCCUGUGUCACCACUUUCGUGCCACUCUGGAAGAACCUCAACUUGGACUUAAAUGAACUGGAGAUCUGGACCAUGGGGCUCUGGCAGGUCUGCAUAGUCCAGGAGGAGGGAGCGACGGAGUGCAAAGCCCACGACUCCUUCCUCGCUCUGCCGCUGGAGCUGCGUGUGUCCCGAAUCCUGAUGUGCCUCUCCAAUGGGCUGGGGCUUCUCGGGUUCCUCCUCGCCAGUUUGGGCUUGGACUGCUGGAAAACAUGUGAAGAAAAACCUGGUCUAAAGAAAUGGCUCCUGCUUGCUGGAGGAGCGGCUUUCAGCAUGUCAGGGAUCAUGACCUUGGUGCCGGUCUCCUGGGUCGCUUAUAACACAGUCCUUGAGUUUUGGGAUGAAACCAUUCCCAACAUUGUCCCGCGUUGGGAAUUUGGGGAGGCAAUGUUCCUGGGGUGGUUUGCUGGAUUCUUCCUUGCAGCAGGUGGGUUGCUUCUUAUCUACACCACCUGCUUAAGCAGGACUGAAACACCAGACGUGCCUUCAGCAGUCUGCCUGCAGCAUCCAGCGAUGGAAGGUCCAGCUGGGAUAUCACCGUGGAGUCACCGCUCACACCCCAAAACCGCAGACCUGGUAAUCUAAGACUUGCAGCGCUGUGUCCCGUGCAGCUCCUGGCUGUUCAAAUUUCAGACUGUUCUUGCAUUUUACAGGAUGAUUUGCUAAUUCCUAAGACAGUGUUGCAGCCUUUUUUCCUUCCCAUCUGUGUCUGUCUG